AUGAGCACUGAGAAUAUUCAUAACAAUUGCUACAAAGCCAUCAAGAUUCGGAAUCUAUGGAAGAGGAAGAACACCAAAGAAUGGGUUGACAGCCGCAAGGCUAUCUUUAAGAACUGCCAGAACAGGACUUUUGAAAUGAAGAAGAAAGAUGAUAUUAUCAGCAAGGAAAUGAUCAACGCCACCCUCUUUAGAGCAGGUAUCCCAAGCACUUCUGAGAUGAGUCGACUUAAGAAAAUUCAAAUAAAAUAAAUUCAGAAAAGAGCAAGAGAAGAAAUCUCAAAGCCAAGGUAAUGAAAGGAGUAAGACCGUCAAUGUCAGGAGAGUUUCUCAGCUCCAAGCUGAGGCACAAGUGAAGGCUAAUAAGCUAGGCAACCUCAAUACAACAGAUUCCACAAACUCUCAGCCAGGCGUAGCUGAUAUAAAAUAAUGUCCUACUCAAGAAAAUUAUGAAAUCAUUUACUUUGAAAUAACAAGAAGAGCACUGAUUUGUCACUGCAGAAGAUAAAGCGUCAUCAGACGUUCAACGCUCAGAACAAAAGUGAUAAAUAAGUCAAGUCCCAACAAUUCGAAGCCUCGGAAGAUGACCUCUGAUAAAUCUAAAGAGAAAUUACCAGUGAUGGAAUAUGUUCAGGACUUGCUACACUCACAGUUUGAAAUAAUCUGUGGGACAAAACUGACCAAGCACAAUCGGAAGUAUUUGAAAUUCGAAAAGUCACAUCUUGAGGAGCACAUUUCUAAGAUUAUCAAUGACUUUCCGAUUCUUAACAAAACUAUUCCUGAAGUGACCUUUAAGCACUUUGGAAUGAUUGAAUCUCAAGUGAUUUCCCUCGGGAAUUCACCAAAAAUAAGCCUUGAGGAGUUCAAAGACUUGUUUUACUACUUCUGAGAUCCUCAAAAAGCUCUCAAAGCUACUUUCGAUUGUAUGUUGUGAGAUUUAGUCAAAUGAAAGGAUGGGUCUAUAUUCAAUGAAUAUGCAGGACGAAAUAAAGGCAAGAAUCUGGUUGGUGUCAUGACCGUUGGAACCAUUUAUAAAUUCUUUGAGAGCAAUAUCAAUAUCCAGCACGAUAUCCAAGCUAUCACUAGGGUUUUCGAAAGGAAGAAAAAGAUCAUAAGUAAAUAUAAAGAAGCUGAUCUUGAAUAUACUCUUAAUAAAUACAAACGCCCUCAAACUGUUCUCCCACAAGGCGUAAGAAUUCAUGAAAGAAAUAAGGAGGAAGAGAAGUACAGCCUUGGCGGAUCGCCCAAUGGCAAAAAGCUUAGAUCCAGGCAUAGAAAACUUCGAAAAAUGGACUCAGAUGUGUCUUGAGUUUACAAUAACUUCACAAACACUGGGAUUAAUAUUCAAACCCCUGACCACAAAAAUAAAUCAAGAACUUUUAAAGGAAGAAGGAGGUCUCGGAUAAGUAAUAUUUCAAACCCAAGUUCUGUGAAGAACAACCCCAAUAAACUUCGAAAACAUGACUCAACAUUUGGAAACUUGUCUCUAAAAAGAGCUCCCUCAAGCAUCAAAGAAAUUGAACUUUUAAAAUAAGAAUUCAAGUUCAAAAUCGAAAAAUGUAAUUGAACUGCGAAAAUCAAGCAAGAGGGGUGCUCUAAAUCCGAAGGCUUCGAAGUCACCUCUCCCAAAGUUCGAAAUCCAGGAUGUAAAAUAACGAAUACAUCGUGCUAAACACAAAUGUGAGAAUGAAGCAUAAGCAUGACAUUUACGAAUGCUUUAUUAAAUUCCAAGAAUACUCAAAUAUAAAUUUCCGAAACAGGGGCUAUCCUGACCUGCUUCUGUUACUAAUAUACCUCAUAUUCGGAGAGAGGCUCUUCCACCACUAUGUAGCCACUGUGCUAGGAUUUGGGUCCAAGUACCCCUACAUAGACGCUUUGGAUGGAUUUAAAGUUAAAUAUUAGAUUAAGCGU